GUCAGCAUCAACUUGCGUUUUGUUGCACGACCCGUUUCCUGCUGGUAAACUAAACUUUUUCCAACCAUCAUGAUCCUCAAAAACACGUUCUUAGAAGUGUUAGCAAUUGUUUGUCUACAUCUUUCUUUCACAAAGCAACUGAAAGUAGCUAGUAACAACCAUGCUGCAAAUGACAAACGUUUCGGGGAGUAUAUGAAUGAUUUUGCGACCAUUGCCGACAAUAUUGCAUUGGGUUUGAAAACGGCUUCCAAAGCCGCCAAAAUCGUAAGUGGACAGAAUGACAUCGGAGGGGAGGUGGACGAAUGCAUCUUUACUUGUAAAAAUGGUGGGACAGCAAUGAAGAGACCUGGGUACAGUCCUGAAGUUAAUGGCUGUGGUGCUUAUGGAAUACAGUUUGAUCUGUCUUCAUUGCCCGGCGUUGAAAAAUGCUGCAAUAAGCACGACAAAUGUUAUGGACAGUGCGGCAUGCCUAAGCUGACGUGUGAGGAUCAAUUUGCCAAGUGCCUUGAUGGGGUGUGUGAUGUCAUGAAAGGAGUAAUGAAUUUCAACAGUGAAGAGCUUGAAGGUUGUCAGAUGACUGUUCAGAUGAUGGUGAUGGCCGUCUUGGAGCUGGGGUGCCAAACAUACAUAGACACACAAAAGGAAGCGUGCAUUUGUCAAAUAGACAACAGAACGGACAGGAUAAAGUCAAAGAGGGAACUCUGACCUGUCACAUGAUAUUGUAAAUCUAGCGCCGAGAAAGCAGCAAGGGACCAGGGCCCAAUUUCAUAAAGCCAGUAAGCACAAAAAUCUGCUAAGCCAAGGGAAAGCUUGCUGAGGAAAACAGGUUACCAGCCAACAUUCCAUAAAGUUAACACUGUUGCGACUAGUGCCCCACUAAUUUUUUGCAUA